AUGGGGCUGCCACAUUACGAGAAGUCGCUUACCAUGAGUCAUUCCAGAAGAAAGUACAGAACAUCAGGCAAUUCUAAAUCAAAACGCAAAGAUGGCUCGCACGAGCACGAGCACGGACACGGCAAAGGCGACCAGAGGACUGUGGCGAAUGUGCGGGAACGACAGAGAACACAAGCAUUGAACGAGGCUUUUAAUAAGCUACGAAAAAUCAUACCGACCUUGCCUUCAGAUAAGCUUAGCAAAAUACAGACACUGCGCUUGGCCGCGAGAUACAUCGACUUCUUGUGUCAAGUUCUGGGCAACAACGAGAAGCACCCAAGCUCUGCAGCGAGCAGCUGCUUCAUCGCACAUGAACGGCUUAGCUAUGCUUUCAGUGUGUGGAGGAUGGAGGGAGCUUGGUUUCAGCAUCAGUAA